CUGUAACAGUUUAUAGUUUUUAUUAUUAAUUGUAAUUGGUUAUGUUUUUGUUAUCGACUUGCACAAUAUAGUCAUAAAAAAAUAAAAAUAAAAAUAAAUAAAACAGAUGUUAUUGCAACCCUGCCUGGGACAAAUGCACUAGUGUUUUGAGUAGUACAGUCCAAUGCAGUAAACGGUAAUUUGAAUAGCGUAACUUUGUUUAUACAUAUGUAUAACGGGAUUAUGACCACACUAUAUUUACAAUAACAAGAUAGGCAAACGCAUUUUCUAAAAAUGACUGUUGAUUUUAAUAAAAAAAAUGUUUUUAAAAAUGACAUCAAAUCCGUUUUAUUUGCGUAUUACUCAGUACAAAAACAAAACCCGGCAGCGAAGUUAAUGGUUAAUAAUGGGAAGGGCGGGCUGUGCUAACGAGAUUAUAGUGUUGUUGAUGUUUGGUUCUGGAGUGGAGCUGACAUCACACAGGCAACAUCACAGCCCCGCCGACCGUAGCUGAGCACUGACACAACUCACAACUACUGCCAGCGAUCUGAAAUACAUACUGAACCCCUACGCGCAGACUACAGACAGGACACCUAACAACAUCGACAACAACACAGCUGUUUGUUAAUACUACAACGGGCUGUAAUACCAGCGCAUUUUCGCAGCACGGGGAAUUUUAAAAACAAGGAAUUUUAUAUUAUUUAUUAGACAAGGACCCACCUUCCACCCCCCCUACGGGAGCUGAAAAAAAAAUCACCUUGAAGAAUUUGCGCAUCAGCUUCCAUGAACAGCACUGUGGCUGUCCUGACCUGAAAAGCAACGAAAAGCUUUGCUACCCCAAGUGGAAAAUACUGCCUGCCUUCUGCUCACAGUAAACAACACAGGAGAGCUGUAUUUCAUCAUUCAUCUUUCAUCUUUCACUGAACAGACAGGCUCCACCAUAUUCAUUUUCACCACUCGACCCUGUUUGAAUGCAUGAUAGAGCUGGCCCUCACAGCCAGGUCCCAGGGCUUUGAAGCAGUGAGACAGCUGCCCCAGGGCUUUGAAGAAGAAAGACAGCUGCCCCUCUCUUGUGAGAUUUGCUACGCUUCCACUUGAUAUCAUGGGCACUGUACUCUCGCUCUCCCCCAGCUACAGGAAAGCCGGGCUGUUUGAAGAUGGACCAGCCACUGUGGGCCACUACACAGCUGUGCAGAACAGCAAGAACGCGAAAGACAAGAACCUCAAGAGGAGCUCAAUCAUCUCCAUUCUUCCCUGGAAGCGAAUCGUAGCCGUCUCAGCAAAGAAAAAGAGUUCCAAGAAGGUGCAGCCCAACAGUGCCUACCAGAAUAACAUCACCCAUCUCAACAAUGAGAACUUGAAGAAAUCUCUCUCCUGUGCCAACUUAUCCACUUUUGCCCAGGAUCCUGCCCAUAUCCCGGGAUCCAAGACUUCGACCAACGUUGUAUCUUCGGUCAAGAAGACACCCGUUUCCAACUCUAACACUGCCGCAGGGACCCCAAAAAGGGUCAUUGUUCAAGCUUCCACCAGCGAGCUCUUGAGAUGCCUGGGUGAGUUCCUCUGUAGGCGGUGUUACCGGCUGAAGCACCUGCCCCCUACGGAUCCAGUGCUGUGGCUACGCAGUGUGGAUCGAUCUCUGCUUCUCCAGGGCUGGCAGGACCAGGGCUUCAUCACGCCUGCCAACGUGGUCUUUGUCUACAUGCUCUGUCGAGAUGUUGUCUCCUCUGAAGUGGCCACCGAGCAUGAACUGCAGGCCGUGCUGCUCACCUGUCUCUAUCUCUCCUACUCCUACAUGGGCAAUGAGAUCUCCUACCCACUCAAACCCUUCCUCAUAGAGAGCGCUAAGGAGGUCUUCUGGGACCGUUGCCUGUCCAUCAUCAACCUGAUGAGCACCAAGAUGCUGCAGAUCAACUCUGAUGCCCACUACUUUACCCAGGUCUUUGCCGACCUCAAGAAUGAAAGCCAGAAACAGGAAGAACGAAGCCGACUGCUCAUUGGCCUGGACCGGUGAACCAGUGAGAAACUGAGCUUGAGGGGCUCUAAUCAACCGAGAUUAACUCAAUUCUGGUAUUUCGAUUUGCAAGUCCAUAUCCAUGUCAAAAUUUAAAUCCAGCUGGUUUAUAUUGUUGUGGCUGCAUGUGUAUGGAGGGCCUUUAUUGACCGACAUGUCUGUGUUGUAACCCAGUUGCUAAACUGUAUGUCAUAGAAAUUAUUUAUAAUAAUAAUAAUAACAAUGAUGACAUUUAGGUAGUUGGAAUGAUACAAUAUCUUUGUCUGAAUACAUGUCCAAGCCCAAGCCUCCUGAGUGUUACAGCACAUAUACCAUGUGGGACCUGGACAUUCAAACACCAGGAUUUGGACUUGAAUUAGGAUUGUUCCAUUCAUUAUAGUCCAUCCCCAAAUGCUGCUGGACCUGGUCUUGGACUGCAAAAUCAAUAAAAAAAUCUUAGAUUUGGACAUAAAUCAUGAGUAUUUUAUUAGUUUAGUUCAGAUUCCAGCAGGACCUGGUGAUUUUGAAUAAGCAGGACUUGGACAUGAUGAAAUACCAAACUUCACUCCUGCUCUGUUCAUUACAAACAGAAAAAAAAACUAAAAACAAACGACUUUAUUGCUGCUGACUUGGCAACUUAAUGGAAGUGUCUGAGGUGAGGAGCUCAGAAACCCCCAAACCCAAUCUGCACCACAUUUAUUUAUUUCAAAGUGUGGCGGCUAUGAUGUAUGUGACAGCCUCUUGAUGUCAGCUAUGAGAGGACAGCAAUCUUGUAUAUUUUCACCUUCAAUAGAGCGUGUUGACCAAUCUUGACAGAUACAGCAGUCCUUUCUUUUUGUUAGAGCAAUUGUACACAUGCAGUUGCUCAUUAUAGGUGUACUUCUACUUAAAAGGGAAAGGAAACUGACUUUGUGGGUUGGGAUGUGGGGAGCGGGAGGUUGUUGAAUAGCAGUAAUGGCUAUUAAGCAAUGGUCUUUGACAUACUUCAUACCCUUAGGCAAUUUUUUGCUUAGUAUUUAAUGUAUUUUAAUGACUGUGAAAGAUGCAACACUGACAGAUGGGUUUUCCACAGAACAGUAGCAAGCUUAUAAGGUAGUCCAGUCCUUAAAGACCAACCAAUGAUUGUUGUCUGCUAACAAAGGUACUCAUUUAGUUCCUGAUGCUUACUCUGUGAGAUAGAUAUCUGUCCAAUAAGAACUCAUUGGUAGAACCUAUUUUGGCCUCAGGACCAUCCAGUUUUGAUGAAACAGUUAAACCCCCAUCCAGAUACCCAUUGAACCUUUUAUACCUUUAAUGUCCAAGGACUGGAUUUGGCCAUUCCUGAACGCAUACUAUUCUGUCUGAUUUUCAUCAGCAGUUAAUUUUGCCUUCAGGGCUUUUAUGGAGCUUCCUGCAGAUUUGAAGACAGAGGGUACUAGACUGCAAAACUUAAAAAAAGCUCGUUAAUAAUAAAGUAAUAAUAAUGUAAAUGAAACUCUUUUUUACGGUAUUCCUAAUAGAACACAUUGGGCAGGUCAUAAAUGAUAACUCCAGAGUUAAUCAAGAAAUCGGUAUGCUACAUUGAUUUUGGCAUUUUCAAGCGGUUGUUAUGACUAUCUCGUUGUUAAAUAGUCAUGCUAACAUGAUUUCUGAAAUUUGUCGAUUUCCGAAAUAAUGUUAAUAUCUUAACGAGCUGUUCUUCAACACUAUUAAUAAUAAACAAAUCAUAUAGCAUGGUGUCUAUGUUUAAUAACUAACAGCUACAAACACAAAUGACACUUCAACUAUAUUUAUUUACAGCCUACAAUCGUACUUAAAUACAUACAAAAGAAAAUA